UUGAUUAUAUAUUCAACUGUCGAACAAUUAAACACGUGAAGACAAUUGAAGCUUCACAGAAAGACGCUUAAAAUAAAUAUUUAAUAACCGAGUAAUAAACCACACGUGCUUCCCAUACGGAUGUCAACUUUUGAACGAAAUAAUUCUAUAAAAAACAAUUGUUGCUAUAUAUAUAAACACAGUGAGUGUAUAUCACAAUCCAAUUCUUAGUGGCGUGCUUCAUAAUCACCAUAACAUGUUGUUUUCUACCACCAAAGACUCAAACUUUGCAUGUUUAGAACACAUUCAACAAUACCUUCUUCACGAUGAUUCCGACAUUCCUACAUCACAUCAACAUAUUCAAACCCCUAAACUUGAAAAUAAUUCAAACACAACUGCAGCUGCGCGUAAGGUGCACGCACCUCCAAUUUGGAAGCGUUACCGUGGCGUGAGACGUAGGCCAUGGGGGAAGUUUGCGGCGGAGAUUAGAGACCCUAAGAAAAAUGGUGCUAGGGUUUGGCUUGGGACUUAUGUGACUGAGGAGGAAGCAGGUUUGGCUUACGACAAAGCUGCUUUUAAAAUGCGUGGUCGAAAGGCCAAACUUAAUUUUCCCCACCUCAUUGGCUCUGAUGUGGCAACGUCAGAGUCAAAGAGGGAGGUGGCUUUGAAACGGUGUUCGCCAGAACCUUCUUCCUCGUCGGAGGAUAGUUGUGAGUCAUCAUCACAAGGGUCAAAGAGGAGGAGCAUGGUUAAUCUACUUAACAAAUUAGCCAAUAAUAGAAGCCAAGCUAUGGUGUUUGAAAUUGAAAUGGCAUCACAAGAAAAUGCUAUUGAGCAAUGGGUGAAUGAGUUGAAUGAGCAAGCUACUUGUGUUUGUUCAUUUUAAUAUUGAUGUUUGUGCAGCUCCUAAGUUUUAAUGUUUUUGCUUUGAGUAGCUGUUCCUAAUAAGUUUGUGACAAUUUUUGCAUUACCCCUCAUGAAAGUCAAGGGGUGAUGUUUUAUACACAAAACUACUACUACUAUAUUGUAAUUUUUUCGACAUUGUAUUUCUUUGGAUUUGUUGUUUAGUUGAAGAAAAUGAUGUUUAACAAUA